UUGUCACUUUGUAAAUUGAACUCAUCAGUGCGCACGGAAUGUGACGUUGGGGAAUUGCUGUAUGGACUUAAUAUUUAAACACAUUCGUAUUAAUGGUUUAGACUUUGCACGAGGGCAAAAAUGAGUAAGCCAAAAACCAACAAGUUCAAGAAAUUGUUUCUGAAAUCAAAAUCCACGGAAAAGGAAAACCAUGUUGGCGAGAAUCACGUUGAGGUGGACCGCGGAGAGGUCUCCAGCCCCGGCGCGAAGUCACUGACCCUACCGGCGAGUACGUUGUCCCCUGGGAGUCCAACGAGAGACACUUUCUCCCUUCCUACCAGUCCGGUGAAAAAACAAGGGGGGUCUUUGCGACGCCUCAUGAGAUCAAAAUCUGCUCGUCUCAGCUCCGGUUCCCUGGUCAGCGAUGCGGAUUCAGAAACCUCUAGCAUCGACCUCAUGUCGGCCACUCCAGGGAGCCCCACAAGUGAUGUCUUCCCUCACGUCCCGAAGAGGAAAUUUGGGUCCUUACGGAUUGGGAAGUCGAGAUCCAAGAGACUCAGCAGCGGCUCUGUGAUCAGCGAUGUGGACUCUCUCCAUAGCCACUCGUUUCUAGACGGUGAAGGACACUCCAUCAUGUAUGGGGACAACACCUCCACCCUCAGCCUGGACCUCUCCAAGCUGGCCAGGAAGUCGGAGAAGGGUGGCGUGCUGAAGCGCCUGGGCAGCUUCCUGGGCCUGCAGAAGAAGAAGCGCAGUACCAGCGCCUCCCAGAGCAGCCUGGGCUCCCCCUCCAGCCAGGGCGACAGCUCCUCCACCCUCGGGGACACCACCAGCAUCCGCAGCAUCGCCUCCAUCAUCGAGGACGGAGGAGACCUGCCCUUCGCCGACGACUCCGCCUCCAGCGAUGGCAGCCAGACCGGCAGUGUGCGCGGCGUGCACGUGUGCGAGCUGAAGGGCGAGAUCCAGAAGAGCAUACAGGAGGUGCCGGAGGACGACGAAGAGGAGGUGAAAGGAGGUGUUUUUGGGGAGGCCAAGGAAGGGGAGGAGGGUGCAUGGAGCCUGGUGGAUGAGGUGAAUCAGAAGAUCCAGGAGAACCUGGUGAAGGGUGGCGAGGAGGUGACCAAGCCCACUGCACAGCAGCCGACACAGGCCACCGUCCCAAGCAAUGAGCAGGUUAAGUUCACAGUAAAGAAGACUGUGGUGGAACUGAAGCCUACUCUUGGUAACCGCACCAACUACUCAGCACUGGUGGGUGUGACCCUCACCUCCAAGCCCAAGACCCCCAGUACCACCAGUAGCAGCAGCACCACAGGCCUCACAGCAGAGGAGGAAGAGCAACAGGAGGAGGAGGACGGUGGAGGAGACAUGGGGAAGAAAGGAGGCUCCAGGCGGAAGCCCCGCAAGCUCAGCACGGCCGAGCCUCUCUCCCCCACGCAGACCGAGGCCCCCGCCAAGUCACCUGAGCCAACGUCGCCACAGCAACAACAACAGGCACCUGUCAGCGUUCCAUCACCCACAGUAGAGGCAGCACAAUCCCCACCUCAGGUGCAGGUGUGGAGCAGUCCUGUUCCACAGCACACACCCUCCUGCUCACCCCCCUCCAAUCCUCCUGCCACUGCCGAGGAGGCGAGCACACCCAUCCCAGAGGGGGAGCAGGGGGCCGGGCAGGAGACGAAGGAGGAGGAGGCGCGGAGGAGUGCCGAUGAGGAGAAACGCAGGAGAGUUAAACUCUCACAGACACAGACAGAGACAGAGGUGUUCAGUGCCCAGCGCGUGUCAUCCAGCGCGCAGGACGAUGACCCCAUCCACCACGAGCCAGAGACGAAGAGCGACACAAGGAAGGCGUCUGUUGAACUAACAUUGACUGUGGAAAGCAAGCAGCAGAUCCCAGAAGAGACAGCAGACUCUGUCCCUACUGACAAUUCUGAAGAAGACCAUCUAGAAUUCCUGGGCACAGACACAUCCCCUACAGACACAGACGGCGCAGACAUGCCCGGCUUCAAAAAGCCAGUGAGCCGGGUGGGCAUGGGGUUCACCCCCAGCAGAACAGCCAAACAGGGGGACAGUGGGCCAACCAGCCCCACCUCUAAGACCCCCGCCCCUCCCGUGGCCCCAAAGAGCAGAGCCGCCUCAGUCAAAGGCCGGACCUUGCUAGAGAGUGUUAGCAGUGGAGGGGGCACGCAGAAAACUCCGCAGAAGACUGGAAGAGAUCCAAGGUCACCCACAACAAAAGAGCCACCUAGCUCUUCACCAGCAGAGAUUAAAUCUAAAAUUCCAAAAAUGUUUCCAGCCGACGCUGGAGUGAAGUCUGCCCCGGGCUCAGAUGGUGGUUCAAAUUCUAACGGCCGUUUGGGUUUUGGGAAGCAGCCGAAGGCAGUUCAGGGAGUUGGAGGAGGAGGAAAGGGGAACGGGCCAAAGUCAGAUGACCCUAAUUUAGGCAACCGGAUUGCACCGUCGCCCAGGGAGACAGAGACAAAAACAGACGGAAAAAUCCAGAAGGCGCCCUCUGCCACUCUGCCGACCACAGAGACAGUGCCAGGCCCCGAGACCACACCCUCUGACAACCCUGCCAGUCCCCUCCCACAGACUGAUGCUGACAACAGCGGGCACACAACUGGCACGCAAGGGCAAACAGGAAAGCCUUCUGAAACCACCUCAGCAGAGAAAAGCAUUAGUUUGAAAAGCACAGAGAGCAGCAGGCCUAAGGACAAUUCCUCCAGCGUUAAAUCACAGACACAGACAGGCAUGGUGAAAAGCAAAUUGCUUAAAGUCACAGAGGCCAGCCCAGUCAGAAAGCCCACUGACGGCAGGGGCAAGAUGAGUGACUCUGGUGGAAAAACUGCCCCAGUCAGGGACAGAUCAUCAGCAAACAGCACAGCAGUGCCUGCUGCCCCCACCACCACCACCACACCCAGGGGCUCUCGGCUGCAGGAGCCUUCACAGCAGCAGACGAGUGCAGAUGGGGCUGGGGCUGGGGCUGGGGCUGGGGCUGGGGCCAGGUCCUCCUCCCUCACCAGGAACUCCAGGAAAGGCAAAUCAGAGGCCUCACCUACAGGAAGCCGCCUGCCCCGCCCCCCACAGUCCUGCCUCCCUGUGCAGCCCUCGAAUGAGGACUCCAGCCACGGAGAGGGUGAGUCACUCAGUCCAACAGCAACUGCAACUGAACCACCGACACCAAAGGCCAAGCCAGAGAAACAUGACUCACAGUGGGUAAACGGACAGAGUGCUGCAGACGGCCGCAGAGGCUCCGAUGCUGAACGGAGCGGGCCGUUAAGUUCUGCAGUCGUGGAAACAGCCAUAGGAGGAGGAGGAGAGGAGACAGAGAGCACGAGAAAGAAGCCUCCUCUAGCCAGAAAACCCCUCCCAUCCCGCCUCAGAAGCCCCACGAAACUCAAAACUUUCAGGGGCUCAGAGGCGGCGGAAAAUUCUCCUCAGCUCUCCUCAGCCUCUGUAACUGAGCAGCAAGCACAGGAGCAAGGACUGCUAGCGGAUAACUGUUCCACUGAGAAGACAGCCACUGAGGCGGUUGGUGUUGACAACAUGGGCAACACAACCAGUGAGGUGACUAGCAGCAGCAGCAGUGAUGAGACUGCUACGAAAUCGGACACCGAGUCCAACGACUCCAGAGGCAGUAAAUCUCAAACAAAUGAAGAGCAGACCAAGCCAGAUGUGGAUCCCGCAGACAAGGUACAACAGAACAAGCCAGAUGCAGGCCGUCCUGCGAGGCCAGAAAGUAAACAGACGCAAGAGAGGGGAGGAAAAGAAAAACCAAGCAACAGCGGGGAGAGCGCAGUGCAAAAACUCACCGCUCCGAAGACAGCUGUGGAGAAGAUGGCUAAGCAGAAAGAGAGAGACUCAUCCGCUGACAAAACAAACCCAUCUGCCUUAUCUAACUCACUUUCAUCUGACGUCAAAACUCCUUUAAGUCCAAAGAGCACAGAGGCUAGUAAAAGCGCACCAGAAUUUAUAGAGAACAAGGCAACUCCUGGAAAGACUGUGGAGGCAAAAACACAGAAGCAAAAAGGAAAGGACAAGGACAAGUCAGAGACACAAGAUGUCAAAUCUCCCAAACCCGUCUCAUCGGAUAAAACCCCUGCUCCUACAGACAGCAAAGAGAUCGUUGCAGCUGCAGCUGAACCCCCCACGGAAGCGAAGCAAGCUCCUGAAAGCAGUGCCAUGAAGAAGACUCCAAAACAAAAAGGAAAGACCUCAGCGGAUCCACAGGACGUGACAUCCCCGAAAGCUCAAUCACCUGAACGCCCUGUCAAAACAAUCAAAGCUCCGAAAAACUCAGUGUCAACCGAAAACGUCAACAGAGAUGGCAGGAAGGCAACGCAGGAGGAGAGGCCUGUGGAGAACGGCCUGGAUGCUGUGGCUGCUGCAGACACACCCCCAGUAGCGGUGGCAGUGAGCCAGCAGACGGAAGGGGCCAAGUCUGAGGAGAGAGCAGCUCAUGAGAGUCCACAGAAGAGUGUCACAGAGCCACCCAAAGCAGUAAUAACAGAUGCAAAGAAGCCAGAGCAGAGCAAAACAUUGGAUACGGUUGUGGCAGAAAAUGCAAAAGAAACAAAGGGGAAGACGAAGAAAGCUGAAAAGACAGCAGAGGAUACUUCUUCUACACAACGCCUUACAACCCCCAUUGAAAAUGGGGAAAUCCUGCCAGAGACUAAGACAAUAGCAGACAAACCCAAAGCAGUAGAAGCUUCUAAAGACUUGCAAGAGAUGAAAAAGACACCUUCAGAGAACACUACAAACCAAAUGAAAACCAAAGAGGAACCCAAGACCAUUUCCUUAAAGCAGCCAGAAGAAAAAUCUGCAACUGUCACUGACUUGCCAAAAACAACGACAAAGGAUGUUAAAGAUGUCCCUGAGCAGCAGAAAACAGCCCUGCCUACUCCACUCAUCCACAAUCUACAUCCCACCAAGGACAGCAUGGUCAACAAAGCAGAGCCCAAAGAGACCUUAAAACUACAGGAAGACACUAACAAAUCCAAACCUAUAGAAACAACCACAGCAACACCUAAACCACAGCUCUCCCUGAACCUACCCCCCGCCGUGAAGGGCAGUAAGGACGUCCCAUCCAGCUGGCUGGACAUAGACAAGAGCUUUGCCAAGAAGCCGCGACAGGUGGAGAGGAAUCUGGACUGCUCCGUCAGCGACGAUGACAACCUGGAGGCCAACGACGACUUUGACAACUUCAUCCAGAACAUCAAGGAGCUGGGCACCCCGUUCUCCCACCCGCCCCGGAAACAUGGCCAGAUGAAGGUACCGUCGCCCCCCUUCGCCAUGCCUGCCAUCAAGGAGGAUCGCUUCGAGAAGCCCUUCGACCCGGAGUCGUUUGACUUUGGGAAGCGGAAGAAGCCCUUCACUAGAGACCUGUCUCCGGCCAUGGUCAUCACCAGACACAACAGGGAAACGGGGAAGGUGGCGCGCAAACGCUUGGGCACGGAGGACAGCAUGGUCUUCCAGGAGAUGAUGUCCACGGGCCGAGGCCGCGAAGACACCAAGAAGGAGAACACCGCGGGUGAGGGCAAGCUUCUAGACGAGGAGGACAGCAAAGGCAACAGCAACGAGACAGUUGAAGCUGACGGCGGGUUAGGGUCAUCGAGGUUGGGAAGAAUAUCCAUCCUGUCCAGCCUGACAAAGUUCGACAAGCCCAUCGUAACCCCUUUCUCCAGGCUUACUGGUGGAGGUAGUGCCGCCACCACCCCGACAGACCCCAGCCCUACCGGCAGCGAUUCCACCACGCCAAGCCCCUCCGGCCCUGCCAUGCCUUCCUUCAGCGACAUCCAGUUACCGGACCUACUGGAGAAAUACACCAAGAAGAGGGAGACCCCUGCAAGCGCACUGAGGAACCUCCAGGGCACACCAUCCAAGCUGCCAACCAAGGAGGUGAACCCAGCCCCCAGUGCACUCCUGCCAGGCACAGAACAGCAAAUCCUCCCUGGGCUCAGUCCAGCUCUGCCUCCACACGUGAUACAGCCCCCACCUCAGAGCAAGCUGCCACCGACACCUGUCAAGAUUCCAACGUCAAGAGGUUUCCACAAGCGGCCAGGCAAGAUGGUGGUGUUUGAACAGGCCCAGUUUAGCGGCCAGGCCUUCGAGAUCCAUGGGGACGUAGAGGAUGCUUCCUUCCUGCAGCUGGGCCCUGUCAUCUCCGUCAGGGUGGUGAGAGGAUGCUGGCUGCUGUAUGAGUUUCCUGGUUUCCAAGGGCGCAGCACUGCCCUGGAGGAGGGCCCCAUAGAGCUGCAGAACAUGUGGGCCGAGCCGCAGCCCCCGGGCCUGGCAGGGAUGCCCACCAGCCCCCCCAUGAAGAUCGGCUCCAUACGCCUGGCAGUCAGGGACUACAGCAUGCCAAAGAUCGACCUGUUCACGGAGCCCAACGGCCUGGGCCGAGUCUCCAGCUACUCUGACUUCACUCCAGAGGUCGGCUCCUUCACCUACCCCCAGAACACCGGCUCCAUCAAGGUCCACUCCGGAGUGUGGUUGGUGUAUAGUGACCCUGGUCUGGAGGGUAUGCUGGCAGUACUGGAGGCAGGGGAGUACCCCUGUCCUGAGACCUGGGGCUUCCCAACCCCCUUCGUAGGCUCCCUCAGGCCCCUCAAAAUGGGUGGAAUUAAAGUGGAAAAUCCAUAUGACGUCAAGGCCCUGGUCUACGAGAAGCCCCACUUCCAGGGGGAGUGCCUGCUGGUGGAGGGAGACGUGUGGGACUUCGCAGAGGGAGAGGAGGUGCAGCAGGAGGAGAAAGAGGAGAAGAAAAAGGAAGAGGAGGAGGAGGGAGAAGAGAGCAGUCCCAGUCCAGCUGUCAGGAAGAGACUGUUUAGCACUGUGGGCUCCAUCAAGGUCCUCGGGGGACUGUGGGUGGGCUAUGGGGAGGCUGGCUUCGAGGGUCCCCAGUACCUGCUGGAGGAGGGAGAGUACGCACACUGGAGCGAGUGGGGAGGCUACGGAGACAAGAUGAUGUCACUACGCCCAGUGCUCUCGGAUCUGAUGUCUCCUCACCUGAAGAUGUUCAGUGAUCUGGACUUUGGGGCGAGGGGGGUGAACGUGGACCUGUUUGUCCCCGUGCCCAACAUGGAUGACACUGGAUAUGGCAGAAAGACACAGUCCAUAGACGUGCUGUCUGGCAUCUGGGUGGUGUUUGAGAAGGACGGCUUCAGCGGGGAGCUGUAUGUGCUGGAGAAGGGCCUGUACUGCAGUCCUGAAGACUGGGGCAGCACACAGCCCAACGUCUCCUCCGUCAUGCCCAUCGUCCUGGACAAUGUGGAAAGCAUAAGCAAAUUUAAGGUGGUGUUGUUCCCUGAGCCGGUGUUCCAGGGGGAGCCCGUGGUCCUAGAGGACAGCACCCCCAGCCUCCCCAGCGGCUUCCAGCCCUCCUCCUGCAAGGUCCUCUGUGGAAGUUGGGUGGCGUUCUCCGGGCCUCAGUUCACUGACCUGAUGUACGUGCUGGAGGAGGGCGAGUACCCCACACUGGAGGCCAUGGGCUGUGAAGACACACACACUGGCAUCUGCUCCAUACACACCAUAGCACACGAGUUCUCUCUGCCAUCCGUCAUGCUCUUCGCUAAGCCUGACCUGAGAGGCAAGAAGGCCGUCUUGACGCACAACGCUACCAACCUAUCACUGGCCGGCAUCGAUGGGCGAACGCGAUCGCUAGUGGUCAGCGGAGGCAUUUGGGUGCUGUACGAGGAGAGUAACUACCGAGGUCGGCAGUUUCUGCUUCAUCCUGGCGAGAUUUCUGAUUGGCUGCAGUACAGCGGCUGGCAGCGAAUCGGAUCGCUGCGUCCUCUGUUGCAGAAACCGGUGUAUGUGCGUCUGCGUAACGCUGAGUCUGGGUGUGUGAUGUCUCUGAUGGGGCCUCUGGACGACAUCAAGCUGCUGAGAGUGCAGGCUGUGGAGGAGAACGGCAGCCCAGAACAGAGCUGGUUAUACGCCAACGGCACACUACGAUGCAGGAUGGUGGAGGACUGUUGUCUGGAGACGUCAGGCACGGUGGUGAUGGCAGGUUGUCGUCUGUGUGUGUCUGCUGAGCCAGGCAAGGACAACCAGCUGUGGAACAUCACGCAGGGCGGCCACAUACGCCCCCACCUCAACCCACAGCUGGCACUCGAGGUCAAAGGCGGUCAGCAGUACGAUCGGAACCAGGUGAUCGUCAACAGCCUGGAUGAGAAGAAGUCCAGCCAGAGGUGGCUAGUGGAGAUCCUCUAACCCUACCCCCGCCCCCGCCCCGCCCCGCCAGCCUCCACUCCUCUCCCCACCUACAGUACACUACAGCUACGCCCAACCACCACCAACCGGCACCAGGACCAGAGGUGCCGGAAAGGGGGAUGCAGUGGUGCGUUAGCAUCUCCUUUCUUGGGCUCCCUAAAUGAGGCUUUCUCAACUUGUACUGCGGACAAAUGAGUGGAGUGCAGCAGCAGUAACAUUGUUGAGAAAUAAAGAAUCAAGCAAAAAAUAUGCACCACCAUUUUGAAACUUGUUCUGGCUCCCUUGGCCAAGACAAUCAUAGACAAUCAUGGACCUCGAGAUGAGACAGCCAGACAUGCAAUGCCUCACAAUAAGUUCAAUGCCAGGCAUGGAUGAACUGAUCAGACAGACAUUCAUUGGACAAACAUUGCUGUCAUUUGGGGCGACAAUCCCAAAAAUGUUGACUCGUUCACUCACUUCAUAGUGCACUAUUAAGACAGCAAUAUAAUAUACACUAUGUAGUGCGCUGGCUGGCUGUGUAUUGAGCAAAUGAGAGAAGAUUUUGGACACAGCUUCUCUGGAUUCACUGUGGAGACCCGAAACUGCUCAACUCCUCAGCUUACACAGGAGGACCCUCAAACAGGUGCCUUUCAAGGUCUCUUCAACAAAGAGCACACAAAGAGGGCCCUCUUAUCCACACACUGCCCUCCAACGGGAGGCAGGCAGCAACGCAAGCGACCCCCGUCAGACUCAGGAGACUUCAAAGGCUGUGUGUGUGUGUGUGUGUGUGUGUGUGUGUGUGUGUGUGUGUGUGUGUGUGUGUGUGUGUGUGUGUGUAACGGCCUCCAAAGCAAUCAAGUAACCUUCCCCUUGGCACUAAUGUAUCUAGCACUUUCUGAAGAACAUUCCAGAACCGCUCAUGUGUAUUCUCAAGCCUCACUAUUCUUAUGUGCACAUUCACUAUAAAGAGAGAAAAUGACCCGGCUUUAUUGAAUGUGGAACGGCAGAUGAAGGUAGCCCUAAGUCUGGGAAAUGUUGAGCUUUUAUGGAAAGACGUUUUCUGUUGUUGUUGCUGUUGAACUUGUUGCACAUAAGAGAUGGACAUGCCGUGUUUACUUUGCUUUACAAUAUGGGGAGGGGGUUACUCACUAACCAAGUUACACUAUGUUCUGACGUUUUCCAUGAGUCAUUUGACCUCUGUGUGUUGUACACUAGUACACUUAACAAAUACACAUAAUUAUGCACAAAACACUACUCUCAUUCUCAAGACACAGACACACACAUAGAGUACACACACCACUGCUAAUUAAUUGUGACUGUUAUGGAGAAGAUGACAGUUCGAUAUGCCUUUAUUGUUUACUAGUACAAAUGUUUCCCGAGAUGUAUCAUACCUUUGUUGUCAGAUUUGUGUACAGAAUUUCUCAUGUUUUGUUCAGUCUCACUGAGACACAGAAAGACACACACACACACACACACACACACACACACACACACACACACACACACACACACACACACACACACACACAC